UGUUUUGGUUGCCUGCCAGCAGUCGUCUGGAAGGGGAGGGGAGCCGUCUGCCUUCCGCUUCUGGGCUGGAUUGACACACAAUGAGGAGCAGAGGCUGGGGAGACGCUCCACAAACGCCGCUGUAAAUAAAUACAACAAUCACUGAGGCCAGAGAAACAUGGAGAACCAGUGCACGGUGCAGGUGAAGCUGGAGUUGGGCCACAGAGCCCAGCUGAGGAAGAAAGUGACAUCGGAAGGCUUCACCCACGACUGGAUGGUGUUUGUCCGAGGGCCAGAGACCGGCGACAUCCAGCACUUUGUAGAGAGGGUCGUCUUCCGCCUGCACGACAGCUUCCCCAAACCCAAGAGAGUAUGCAAGGAGCCUCCGUACAAAGUGGAGGAGUCGGGCUACGCAGGCUUCCUCAUGCCUAUCGAGGUUUACUUCAAGAACAAGGAGGAGCCAAAAAAGGUGUGUUUCAACUACGACCUGUUCCUUAACUUGGAGGGAAACCCACCUGUGAACCACCUGCGCUGUGAGAAACUCACCUUCAACAAUCCCACCAAAGAGUUCAGGAGGAAGCUGAUCAAAGCUGGAGGGGUGUUGGUGGUUCCAGAGGGAGCAGAAGCUGUGUCGAGGCCCAGCCCGGACUACCCGAUGCUCCCGACCAUCCCCCUCUCUGCCUUCUCAGACCCCAAGAAAACCAAGACGUCUCACGUGUCGAAGGAACCCAGUAAAGAAGGAAGUGGGGGCAGCAGCAAAGGACCCAAACCGCACAAGCUGACCAAGGAGCACCGAGAGCGUCCCCGAAAAGACUCUGAGAGCAAAGCCACAUCGAAAGGAGACAACGACCGAGACGGUAGCAGCAAGAGCGGCCGCGACCCUUCCUCAUCCUCAUCGUCAAAAAAGCCGUCAGAGAUCAAAGUGAAAGAUGAAGUCAAGGUCCUACCCAAGGCCGCCUUCAAGGAGCCGAAACUCACCCUGAAGGAGUCGAAGAUGGAGGGCAUGUCUCCUAAAGGAGGGGGGGCAGGUGGAGGGCCCGCAGAGUCCAAAGCCCCGGGGAAACGACCCUCCACUGUGGAGUCGCCCAAACCCAGCGCCAAGAAGCAGAAGAAGGGCAGCUCAGAAGGGCCGAAGGGGCCCAGCGGUGGACCCUUCACGGGGUCGUCUCCACGCGUCUCCUCCUCGACGUCAGCCAGCCAGCCGUACGCAGAGAAGAAACCUCCCAAGGAUAAAGGCCGCUGGGCCAAAGGCAAAAAUGAUACACAGGAACCCAAGGAACCCAAGAAACCUCCGGAGUCAGAAGAGUCGAAUUCAGAGGACGAAGCGUCUUCAAAGUCUGAGCAGUCGGCCCCUUCCAGUCCUUCCAACUCAAGUUCGAGCUCAGACUCCAGUUCGGAUUCAGACUUUGAGCCGGGACAGAAACAAGGACAAGGCCCCCUUCGGUCCAUGGUGGAGGAGAUCCAGUCAGAGGAGUCGGACGAUGACGACAGCAGCUCAGAAGAAGAGACGCCCAUUAAGACCAACCCUCCCAACCGGGACUCACGACUCAGCCUGGACAGCGAGAGCGACAGCAGCGACGGCUCGCACAGCCCGAGUCGAGGCCUCGCCCCUCCCCCGCAGAAACACAACUCCUCCAACAACAAAGUUUCGGGCAGAAAGAGUCCCGACUCCUCUUUCCGCUCGGAGAAGGUGUUGAAGAAGGGAUACGACAAGGCCUACACAGAAGAACUGGUGGACCUCCAUCGCAGACUGAUGGCUUUAAGAGAGCGGAACGUCCUGCAGCAGAUUGUAAACCUGAUCGAGGAGACAGGCCACUUCAACGUCACCAACACCACCUUUGACUUUGACCUCUUUUCACUGGACGAGUCCACAGUCCGCAAACUACAGAGCUACCUGGAGGCGACGGCCACGUGACAGGGGAUGGGACCUGGUGUGGGGGAUCUGGCUUUUGGGUGGUAGCAGCAGCAGCAGCAGAGGAGGUGGAGGUAGACCACGCCACCGCGUCACCGCACCACCACGUCCUCUCUGUUGUUUUUUAAACGAGGGGACGAGGCGCCUCGUUUGUCGCAGCUGUCUCCCAGGGCCUGACUGAAACAUCGAACAACUACCACACAGACAGAAACACACGAACAAACACAAGCACACACGAAGACACACCGCCUUCAGGUGAGGCUGGAGGAGACACUGAAGGAGGAGGAGGAGGAGGAGGUGUGGGAAGGAGAGGAGUGGAGGAGGAGGAGGAGGAGGAGCUGAACUCCGUCUACAGUCAGGAUUUUCACUACACAUCUCUCUUUUUUUUUUUUACGUCUGUGGAAUGCACCCCACACCCCCUCCUUCCCCCUCCUUCACUCUUAUUGCUCCUGCCUUUGCAAAGCCAAUACCCCCCACCCCUCCUUCCCUUUCUUCUCCUUCCUUCUCCUCCUCCUCUUCCUCCCCUUCACACGCACAGUCCUUACUCGGCAGAACACUCCAGCUCCCUUCCCCCCUUGCUGUCAGCUGGAGCUCAUUUCUCCCCCGACAUACUCUUGAGUCGUACGUGUGUGUGUGUGUUGACUGUCUUUUGCAUGUGUGUGUGAGUGCUGCUGGGGUUCAAGAGGAGAUGCUGUCUGUGUCGCUACCAGCUCCUCUUUGUUUAUGAAGCUCCAGCAAUACAAACAGCAGCAGAUACAUUCAUAAAUUCAGGGUUCACUUUACUUUAACUCUCCUUUUGCAUUUUGAAGCAGCUGCAAACAUGAAACAGUUCAUCCUCUGAUCACACUGUGGUGUCGUUAAAGCAGAUAUAAGCGAUUUUUGCUGUGCGGUAGCAGCUGUAUCUCCGUCUGUGGCACCUUGAAGUGAAAGCUGGUGUUCCAACAGAUUGAUGAAACAAGAUUAUGUUUAUUAUAAACACUUAAAAAUACUCUAUAACUGCUUACAGCUACAUUAUGGUGUGUUAUGAGCUGUUUAUGGAGGGUUUGCAGGGUUAAAGUAACGUGGCACCCAAAGUUAUCACACUCAGCUCUCUACAUGAAGACACUGAGGCGUGUGUGUGCGUGCGUGUGUGUGUGAGAGGCUGUAUUUGGGUCGAGGUUUACUUGUCGUCCGAACACACGUUCUGUUGAGUUUCUCCUCCUCUUCCUCGCACUGAAAGCUGAGUUUCUCCUCCUCUUCCUCGCACUGAAAGCUGAGCCUUGACCUCCUCUCCUUCCCCCUCCUCCUCCUCCUCCUCCUCCUUCUUCUUCUUCUCCCUCCUGUUGAAGCCCCCUCACUUCAUCCUUCCUCUCCACCCUCCUCCUCCACCUCCUCUUCUCUUAUUCCCAUAUUGGCGUGCAUGAAAGGGCUCGACUGCUCGCGGCCAGAGCAGUGGAGGAUCACUCCUGAAUUGCCUUCUAAGUGGUGGGUCGGGUUCGGGGACGGGUGGGGGUUAAAAAGGACAAAAACAAAAAAAAAAAGCCGUGAAAAAGUAGCCAUACUUUGUCUCCCAGAAUCCAAAAAUGAUAAGAAAAAAAAAUAGGGGCCACGCUUUUUUAACAUUUUAUUUUUCUACAAGUGCAUUUUGUGUAUUUAUUCCCAGACUGCGGUUGAGAUAACCUGUGAGCUAUGAAUGUAUAUCGCUUUUACUUUUCUACGGCGAGCAACAGCCCCACUCUAGUGCCUUUUUCUGCGACUUGCAGUGUGAGUGGGGGGGGGAUGCGCUCUGUCAGCCAUGGUCACACAGACUGAAACCCCCCCCUCUCUUCCCAAAACAAGUGUUAAUAGGGAUGCCUGAAUAUCCAGUAUUGUCUUAAUGGCUUCCAUUCCUGCGCCUCCUUCCCCAGCGUCUUCGUUCGUAGGCUGUUGUUACUUUUCUUCUCCGUGGCGUCUCCUCAGUUUCCUCGGACUUGGACGGUGAUGCUCGUGUUUUCUGUUCUUGCUCUCAGUGUUUUUCAAAGAGGAAGCACCAGGUGACCGUGUGGUAGUUACUCUCUUUAAUUAGCUCUAGAAUGCUUCAGCUGUGUUGUGUCUUUGUAAGACGGUAGUCAUUGAAAAAAGGUUGUGGUCCCCCUCUUCAAGAAGUAUUGGAAGUGAAGGCUGAGCGGUUCAGACCGGGUUAGCAGGCACUUGGAGAGCAGCAACACAGAGCAUGUAAACAAACACGUUUAAAGAUCGGCCCUCUUUGUUUCCCUGAAUAUCUGAAUCCUACAGUCUGUUCGGCGGCUGCAUCAUGAAGCAAGAUCAGUGUUUGGAAGACUGGUCUCAUAAAGCUGGAACAGUUCUCAUAUCAUCACUAAACCGAGCGUCUUCGCUAACCUGCUGAAAAAGUUCCACGUCUUAGAAACCAUUCAAGGCUCGAUUAGCUCUGAUGUGCAAACCUUCCUCAUAUUAACACAGCGAUGAGCUUCCUGUUUCACACAUUGAACAAGUCCUCACUCUCUCUGAUGUCUUUAUUAGAGAUGACAGCGGAGAGGUGACAGGAAGGAAACGUGCAGCGAGGAUCGUCUGUGUGACCCAAACAUGCAACACUGUGGUUCAGCAUUGUGCAUCUUCACUCUUUAACCCUGAGCAGGUUGCACAAAGUCAACCAGACAAAGUUUCAGAUUAGAUGACAAAGUUUUCUGCACUGAGUUUAAUGUUAAAGAGUUGUCUUAUGUAUUAAUAGUUAAAGCUAAACCGCACCAUCUUCAUCAGAAAAUAAUGAAAGAGCUGUACAAUACAGGGAAGAUAAACACUUUUAGAUGAUCUAAUCAAAUAUUUGUAUCGUCCUGAGACAUCUAAUUUCCAAUCUCUGCAUCAAAACUUCUAUUUUUACAAAAAAAAAAGUACAAAUCAUGAUUAUUUGACAUUCUCUGAGGUCUGUACCAAACAUACAUGUUUCCUUAAAUGUGGAGAAGGAAGUUAAACCGUGAAACAGAGCAUCUCUUCAUCUUCCACUACUGCUAGAGAUGUUCUUAAGUAAUUAAUUUUCUUGUUGUUUGGACUGAAAGUUAAAUUCGGAUUGACCGACUCAUCUAGAAAUAAGAAAACACCCAAAUCACAGUCAAAUUUAACACAGGAUCCCAGAGUCUGCAGGUGAACAAUGCCGAGUGUGGCUACCAUUAGAAGAGCCAGCACCCUCGGUCUACAGUCCUAAUUGCAGGUUAAGGUCCACAUGCCUGUGCUGGUUGUGCAUCGCUCUAGUCGAGCUAUUCAGACACAGCCUGCAUACAACUACAUCUCCAUUUUCUACAUCAAAACACUCACGAACCUCGGCGUGUUAAAGGAUGCUUCUGUCCUCUGUGGUUGUUUACAUCCGGUAGUAGAGCAUUAUAGCAUUAAGGAAGUAGCCUUCAAACAGAGCUGCAGCCAGAAGUCGCAACCAUGUGACCUGCAUUUUGGGGCUUAUGAUAAUAGCAAUACCAAGAACUGGUUUGACCUGACACAUGAUUCUGGUGCAGACUAGCAAGAGGGAGGAACUACUAAUACAGUACUACAAUCUAAUGCGGUUAAAUAGCACAGUUCAGCUUUCUCAAAUUAACUCUGCAGCCGGAGGUUUUAACAGAUUCUGUAAGAUCUGGAUUUCCUGUAAACACACCACAAGGGGUUCAAUGUAGGAAAUAAAAGCAGACUGGUUAGAAUGUGUAAUGUGCUUUUAACCAGGCAAGCUUUGCAUACCCUUUAGUGACUGUCUGAAUACUUCAGUACAAUUCAUUUCUAAUGACUUUUUGAACAAUUUCACUGCAUUCAAACUUUCCAGGAUUCUCUCAAAGUGGACGCCCGUCAAUCACAUCAAUUACAUGUUUGAUUAGCUCAACUCAACUUUAUUUAUAAAGCACCUUUCAUACAUAUAAACAUGCAGUCCAAAGUGCUUCAUAAAAUAACAGAGAGACAGAAAACAACAGCAAUGGUAAAAUAAAAAAAGGCAUUAUUAUAAAUAAAAUACUUAAAAAUAAAAUCAACGCAGUAAAAUUAAUAAAAUAAGUAAGAGUGGAAAUAAAAGUUAAAAAAUUAGGUAGCGUUGACAAGAUCAGAUGAAUACAGGAAAUGAAAUAGAUAAAUAAAUGUUAAAGCUAUGAUUAGAAUAAUACUAAUGCAGUCCAGGGCUAAAAUAAAUGCUGAAGCAGUUCUGUGUUCACUCCAUUUGAAUACAGAUUUUGAUUGAUCUCUAAAAACAGACCCAGAAAUGUCAAAUCCAGCUUCUUCUUCUCUGCAGAGCGAAUCAAUAACGACUCUCUGUGCAACUCCAGACAGCUUAAUGUAAAAAUAUUCACUUUUAACUUAAAAUAUCAACCAUGAAUUUAGGGUUUUAUCAUGUAUCAUGCACCUAAUAAUGUUCAUUCAUGUAUUUGUAAAUAUGCUUUAUUGUAUCCGACUCGUUCUGAUCUUUUUAACUUCUUGAAAUUCACUUUUUGAUGCUGCACUGAAAACCUUUUCCAAGAACGAUCAAUGAUUCUAUUUCCACUUCUCUUGUUUUGAUUCGUGGUACCUGAUUGGCCGCACAUUUUUUAAUUAAAAACCAUGUCGCUCAUGUUUCAGUGAAUCGAGGGUUAACAGAGUCAGCGUCCAGCUUUGUGAGACCAGCUUCCAGGAGGACCAGUGGUAGAUUUUUACAAAGCCAGAAAACCCCCCAAAGAAAUCCAGACUGAGCUGAACUCGCCUCUUGAUUCAGGCCCCUGGUGUGUUAGUUCCUGUGGCCCCUUCAGUCCUCACACACACACACACCCCCACACACACACCCACACACACAUACACACAGAGACACACCAACACACUGUGGUACAAACUUUCAAUGAGUGUCUUCCUCCCUGCCUCCCUCUCCUCCUCUUCUGUCUCUCGGUGUUUUUACUCUGACGCUCUGAUAGCUUUAAUACUUCGCUCUCCUCGUUUCUUUUUUUUUCGUUGCCUGCCUCACACACUCCCUCUGUCCUUACUGUAAAACGCCGUCUGUGCUCGCAAAAAGUGUCUCCAAAAACGAAAAAAAAAAAAGAAUGAAAGAAUCUCCCUGCCGCCUUACGUGCCCUGCAGUAACCCCCUCCUGCCCUCACGUCACCCCCCCCGUCCCGUCCCACCCUCAUUUUCUCUCUAGGUGUGCCUCUGUCAACACAACUUCAGGCCGUUAUUACUGAGAAUGAACUUUGCAACUCUAAGUGUGUGUGUGUGAGUGUGUGAGUGUGUGUGUGUGUGUGUGAUUGUGCAUCUGCGAGUGUGUUUGGAGACAUUUACAAAAAACCAACCCUCCUGUCCUCUUCUCUGUGCAUCGAUGUGGGAACUUUUAAGUCCUAGUUCAUGAACUCUGAUCUUUGACCUGGCACUCAUUCAGUCCCUUGUUGUGGUGAGAGGGGAGGUUUAUGUGGGAGACUGUCUGCCCACAGUCAAUGUUUUAUUUAUGGACCUCUGCACUUUUGGCUGUGAUGACUUCAGUACUUAAGUAGUUACCUAAACUGUAUUUUUAAGGAUUUUAUACAAUAUUUACAUGCAAUACAAUAUGAAUUGAUUUUUUUUUUCUUUGCCAACCAUUUUUUGUUUGUUUGUUUCUUAUUUAAUUGUCUUUAUUUUGGCAUGAUUUGUCGCUAUUAUUCACAAACAAACAUGCCCCAUUGGAUCUAUUCUAGACGUCAAAUGUAAUGAGGGACGUUCCCUCUUUUGUUUUUUUUUAUUUUUGUGUGUGUGUGUGUGUGUGUGUCAUGAUUCUGAUGACAGCUGAACACCAAGAAGCAGGUGUUGGAAAAUAUUUGCUGGAUGAGCUAAACUCUGAUAUCACCCUCUGCUUCCAGGAGGACCAGAAGGAGCUGAGCGGUUCGUUUUCUGUGUCAUGUCCGGUUAUGAUUUAACUGUUUUUCAUUUUUCUACUCAUCCAUAGAAGAUUGUACCCAAACAAAAAAAACUGUCCUCAUCACCUGAUUUUACUGUGUUCUGAUAACUUGAGCCUGGAGAAACACAUCAUAGGAAACAAAGGAGUUGCAAAGUGGAGGUGAAGCUGGUACCAGAAGUAAUGAAGCCUUUCAUUUCUCCAUUUAGAAACCUGGAUCCGUCUAACUCUCUCAAGUCAACACUGACGUACUACUUCAGCCCAAACCUGAUCUUUGAACCCCUCAGCUUCAGUCUGACUCAGACUUUUUACCUCUGGGAGGGGUGGCCAACUUCUCCGGUGUAGCGGACCUCCGACCAAGACUUCUUUUUCUGUGUGAUGCCUUUGAUUACAGCCUGACUCGCAGCUCGUGACGCCAGACUUGUUCGCUGCACUUUCAUGCAGAUGUCUAUUUAAAGCAUUAAUUAAAGUUCAAUCUCAGUUAGACGACUGCUGAAGGGUUCUUGUAUUUCAUCCUAGUGGACUGCCUCCAGCCUGUUUUUGCUCUCCACACUGACUGGAUGAUUCUACUUGGACUACAAACCAAAACACACUUUGGAAACCAGAAUCAGAUCAUUUUAAUGCAGGAUGUGUGAUCUUCUCCUAACUUGUAUAAAAUAUGAUGGAUUGGGCUUUAGUAGUACAUCAAUGUUGGCUUUUGGAUUUACUUAUGAAGUCGUCCAGGAAGCCUUCUGCCUGCAGGGAGAAAGGAUGCAACCUGCCUUUAACGUGACUCACAGCUGGAGCACGUCCAACAUGUGAAUCUGCAUCAAACCCUCCGGAUUCAAUUUGUUUUAGUAGAGAUGACUAAUCCGACUACAGAAGAUGGAAACUGUUUUAGUUCACCACAACUCAGAAAAAAAAUCACUUCAACUCUUUCCAUUCCAGCUUGGUGUAGAUUUAGUCUCCAGAGCAAAGCUGCAAAAUCUGUUGUUCCUCAGGCCACCACUGUUUUCAUGUGAUGGCCUCACAAAGUCCAGAGCAUGUCAAAAGACUUAUUCUGAAGUAUUUUGCUUGACUCAGACAAUCUGCCAUUUUUAUUUCAGUCAAGUUGUGCAGCUGAAGAAAUGCAGCGGAGCAGUGACGAGCCUGGAGUGCAGGGUGAUACAUGUCAGCACUGUCUGCAGGCGUCAGAGGUCACUUCUUAUUUAAGAUGCAGAUACAUGUGAUGCUUCAGUUGACUGCAUGUACCAACAACACUGAUCCGGACAAACACAGCUUGGUGGAGAAAGCCCUUAAAAAGAAAUUACUCUGACCCAACGUCUGACUCUUCGGUUCUGCUCUGUGGCAAAGGCAGCUCAGGUUAUCGAGCAUGGAGAGUUGCCUUUGCUGACCUGAAGCAGCAUUUAUGAUUUCAUUCAAGGAGAUUCUCAAAGUGGAAACAGGGAAUGGAGGAAAGGACUUCUGGUACCAGCUGACACCUUCACUUUGCCACUUUGAGGAGGUCUGUGGGAGUGGAGCAUUUCAGCUGAAACUAUUAUAUAUAAUAUGUGUAUAAUACAGCAAAGGUAGAAUAUCUACUGUGUGGAUCUUUAGAGGAUGAAGAAAAGGAGAAAUAGAGCAUUUGGUUCCUUGCGAGUACGUGGCGGGGGGAGGGCGGGGGCAUGUGCAGACGGGAUGUUUCCUGUGUCAGUGGUCGUCAUAAUGUGUCUGUGACGGGGGGACAGGGUUGCCUGUAUUUAUAAAGGUUUGAUUUUUUUAACUGACGGUAAAAGGGGGAGGGUCGGGUUCAGUAUAUGUGGUCCAAACGACGGGGAGAACAAAUGAACUGGAUGGCAGAACAAUUUGGUAUUUUUGAGAAUAAAAAACUUGGCAUUGAAAUGCCACCAUGUGGCCAUAUGAUGCAAGUUGUUAACAAGGACAAAACAUGUUAUUUUAAUGUUAUUUUUUAUUUUGAAAUCAUAUUAUUAAUAAAGUCAUUAAGUACUGUUG